CGUUGUUGCUGUCAAAUUGUAGGCUUCGGUUGUUUGCUUCACAGAUUUUUUACUUUUUAUUUUAAACAUUUGAAGCUGUUUUAUUGAAAUAUAUUUAAUAUUUAUGCGUAUUUCAGCGUUAUAGGAAUAAAUGUUUGGUUCAUUCUUUUACCUCUGACCGUUGUUAAUUUUGUAAAGCAAAGCGCUGCUGUUUUUUUUCUUCUUAAAAUAUCGAGAACAAAAUAAACCUCGCAAAACGUAUAAAUACCUUCAUGUUAGAGAGAAAUAUUUUUGGAACAAGUGUUUAAGUGCUGAAAAAUUACGCGCAAAUGCCAAGAGUCGUCAGGGUCACACCGAUGCGAGAACUCGAUCGGUAUAGUGUUACUCUGGGGUACUAUGCUGUUUAUCAGUGCCUUGGCGAUUGGCAUGAUUACCGGCCUGCAAAAUGUCACGACGGAGGUGUCGACGACGGACAGUGACGUCACCGUUACGACGGAGGACAUGGGUCUCGUGGAGCCGACGAGCCUCACGCCUCCCGUCAGCGACUCGGUCAACGUGACGCUACAGGAGCGGCCGUCGAUGUGGGACGUGUACUUGCACCACUGUCCCAAGUGGCGGCCGGUUAACCACAUUUUCUUCCAACUGGCGAAUGGGUGUUUCUUGGUGUCAUUCCUGGCGCCGCAUACGCCGGCGGGACUUGUGUGGCUGCGCGUGGCGCUCGUGCUCGGCUGCGCGUUCUCCGGUCUGUGGGCGUGGAGCGUCCAGUGCUACCUGGACGCCGUGUUGUGGAACAGUGCAUUUGUAGUGAUUAACUUUGUGUAUUUUGCAGUGCAGUUCUAUUUGAUGCGACCUAUAAAGUUCCAUAAGGAAAUUGAAGAGGUAUACGUGGCUCUGUUCGCACCUCUGCGCGUGUCGCGGCGGCAGUUCCGGCGCGUGCUGCAAUGCAUGCGCAGCGUGCGCCACCUCAAGUGCCACGAGCUUUACGCGCACGAGAAGGUCACCAAGGUGGACAGCCUUUCGCUCGUGCUCUCCGGCAAGCUGGUGGUGUCGCAGAGCCAGCGCGCGCUGCACAUCGUCUUCCCGCACCACUUCCUCGACUCGCCCGAAUGGUUCGGUGUCUCCACUGAUGAAUAUUUUCAGGUGUCGAUAAUGGCGAUGGAGGAAUCGCGCGUGCUGGUGUGGCACCGCGACAAGCUGAAGCUGUCCAUCAUGUCGGACGGCUUCCUGCAGGCCGUCUUCGACCACAUCCUCGGCCGCGACGUCGUGCACAAGCUCAUGCAGGUGAGCGAGACGAUGGCGGCGAGCAACGGCCACCUGCCCAACUGCUACGAGGAGGGGGAGGACAAGCCCAUGCUGGUGGUGAAGAAGGCGGGCGACGGGCCCGGCAUCACCGCCCUGCUCAACCGGCAGCUGCAGGCGACCGACCCCAACGCCUGGCGCCUGGGCCGCAUCGAGGAGAACGACCACGAGACGCCCGUGUGAGGGCGCGCGCCACGCCCCCGCCCCCGGCCCCGCCCCCUGACCACCUCUCGAGGUGAUCAAACAUUGCAACGUCACUGAAGUGAAACCUGCGACGGGGGCGGCGGGGGGCGGCGGAGGCGGCGGGGGGGCGGGAGAGAGCGAUGAACAAUUUGUAUAUUUAAAUGAAUGUUUUGUGUAAAUACAGAUAGAGUGUAAUAUCGGUGUACAUGAAAUAACUAAUUUAUGUAUAUGUACAAAAUGAGUAGAGUAUUAUCGUGCGCCGAGAUCUCACUCCUCGCAUAAUUAUAAUAUUAUCAUUCACAAUAAUAAUGACUACUUCCGUUUCUACAUUCGAGAGGUAAAAAUAAAAUAACAAAAAGUACACGAUAUUUUUAUAAAGUUAAGCAAAGAUUAGGUGCGACACCCCGCGCCCCGCAAUCUCUGUGCGCCAGCAUUGGAACCUCCUCCACCUCAACCUGACACUUCUUAUAAGUUUUAAAAUGACUCGUGGGUUAGAUUCUUCCUCGACGUGUUGAACCAUUGCCCUAUGAUUAUGAGUAAGCAGAUAUGAUAGCGGCUCGCUUUCAAAACUUGGUUGCCCGAUCGAUUAAUGAUUAUUCGUUACAUGACUGCGUAUGUCUUCAGUUGGUACUAGUUUGGCGGCGUGUCUGUCUGUCUGUGGCAGCACAAGUUGUGUUUGUACUUGUAGCUCUCACACACGUUCCAUUUUAAAUAU